GGAUCAACCAAUGUGGUGUACCAAGCCCACCAUGUCAGCAGGAGUAAGAGAGGACAAGUCGUGGGCACCAGAGGUGGAUUUCGAGGCUGCACAGUUUGGCUAACAGGCCUUUCUGGAGCUGGCAAGACAACUAUUGGCUUUGCUCUGGAAGAGUACUUGGUGGCUCAUGGCAUCCCUUGCUAUUCCCUGGAUGGUGACAACGUUCGGCAUGGCCUGAACAAGAACCUGGGCUUCUCAGCUGAGGAUCGUGAGGAGAACAUCCGCCGCAUCGCCGAGGUGGCCAGGCUGUUCGCCGAUGCUGGCCUUGUCUGCAUAACCAGCUUCAUCUCUCCUUUCACAAAGGAUCGUGAAAAUGCAAGGAAAAUUCAUGAGGCAGCAGGGCUUCCCUUCUUUGAGGUCUUUGUGGAUGCUCCUCUGAAUAUCUGUGAAAGCAGAGAUGUGAAGGGCCUGUACAAAAAGGCAAGAGCUGGAGAGAUCAAAGGAUUCACUGGGAUUGACUCAGAGUAUGAGAAACCUGAAGCUCCUGAGUUAGUGUUGAAAACAAAUGUUGCAUCGGUGUCUGAAUGUAUCCAGCAGCUUGUGGAGCUCCUCGAAGCACAGAACAUCGUGCCCCAUGGCUCAGUUAAGGAUGUUCUCGAGCUGUUUGUACCUGAAAAUAAACUGAGCAGUGUCCGAGCUGAGGCAGAGAAGCUGCCAGCUGUGGAGAUCACUAAGCUGGAUCUGCAGUGGGUGCAGGUGCUGAGCGAAGGCUGGGCCACCCCGCUGACCGGCUUCAUGCGUGAGGCAGAGUACCUGCAAGUCAUCCACUUUGGCACCCUGCUGAAUGGAAAGAAUGGCUCAGUAGCUGAUGGUGUGGUGAACCUGAGCAUCCCCAUUGUGCUGCCGGUGUCCACGGAGGACAAGCAGCGGCUGGAGGGCUGCGAGGCGCUGGCGCUCAGCUACGAGGGGCGCAGGGUGGCUGUCCUGAGGCACCCUGAGUUCUACCAGCACAGGAAGGAGGAGCGUUGUGCCCGUGUCUGGGGCACCACCUGCCCUAAGCACCCACACAUCCAGAUGGUGCUGGAGAGUGGAGACUGGCUGGUUGGUGGAGACCUCCAUGUCCUGGAGAAGAUCAAAUGGAAUGAUGGGCUGGACCAGUACCGCCUGACACCGCUGGCUCUCAAGCAGAAGUUCAGAGAGAUGAAUGCUGAUGCUGUCUUUGCGUUCCAGCUGCGCAACCCUGUGCACAAUGGGCACGCCCUGCUCAUGCAGGACACCCGGCGCCAGCUCCUGGCCAGGGGCUACAAGAACCCUGUGCUCCUCCUGCACCCCCUGGGGGGAUGGACCAAAGAUGAUGAUGUCCCUCUGGAGUGGAGGAUGAAGCAGCACGCGGCCGUGCUGGAGGAGCAAGUGCUGGACCCCAAGUCGACCAUUGUGGCCAUCUUCCCCUCGCCCAUGCUCUAUGCUGGUCCCACAGAGGUGCAGUGGCACUGCCGAGCUCGCAUGAUCGCGGGGGCCAACUUCUACAUCGUGGGCCGCGACCCGGCGGGCAUGCCCCACCCCGACACCAAGCAGGACCUCUACGAGCCUACCCACGGGGGCAAGGUCCUCAGCAUGGCUCCAGGCCUCACCUCAGUGGAGAUCAUCCCCUUCAGGGUGGCUGCAUACAACAAACAGAAAAGAGCCAUGGAUUUUUAUGACCCAAAAAGGCCCGGGGAUUUUGACUUCAUCUCAGGAACACGCAUGAGGAAGCUUGCUCGGGAAGGGGAAAACCCACCGGAUGGCUUCAUGGCCCCCAAAGCCUGGAAAGUCCUCACCGCAUACUACCAGUCACUGGAAAAAAAGAAUUAA